GAAGUUAUUUAGAAUUUUACAAAUUGUCUUUGAAAGACAGGGUCCUGAAAAAGGGACGUUUCUUAUUUUGCUGAGGUUAGAUUAGAAUUGCGUGAGUGAAAGAAAGAUGUAGGAUACUAUUAAAUGUGCAGCCAUUCAAAGCUAUAACUUUUAGUUAUAGUUCUGGUUCAGAAUCUUGUCCUUUUCUACUCUCACUCCCUUCAAAAGUACUAGAUUCAUUUGUACAUUUAUGUUUUAUGGAUGGAGUUACAAUAGGCCUUCUUGGUGGGUUUUCUACUUGGAGAGAGUUGUCACUUUCUUGAAACACACCAGACUGUCUGCUGAGUGCAACAAUAACACAGCCCUCACCACUUUGUAUUGGACAAGAAGUGAAACAUCUUUGAAGCUGCCUGCAGUGAUUGAACAACCUAGCCAAGUGAAGCAAUGCAUCAACAAACAUAACAAGGUUGCUUGCUAAUCUAGAUAACAAUAUUUAGGUACCUUAAACAAAGAGCAGGCGGAAAAUCUUUGUCUUCAAUCUGAUGGGAGAAGAACAAGAACACUUCUCUCGUUGCCCUACUUUUUUCCAACCCAAAAAGACAGGAUUGCUUGGCAACUGAAAACGCCACUACCUUUUUUUUGUGUACACAAAACGUAUGACGAUUCACGCAAAGGUGGAGCUGUCACUAUGGCUGCAAAGGACGCGCAAUGAAUUGUCGUCAUUAAGUACACUAUUUGCACUCUCCCUUUUUACCCAAUUGAAUUGAUAAGAUUGAAAGAUGUACCACAAAGAGAAAAGCAUUCAGAUGAAAAGCAGUGCGUCUGCGCUAUACAACAACCUGAGCGUGCUGCGCAUAGCCCCGCGGAGCCUGACCUAUUUCACAGUGGUACACGCCAACAUGGUCAAUAUGGUCAGUGCUUCUUGGGACGGACUCAACUACUCCCACCGCCAGCUGCAGUCCAAAGAGGCCAACGUAGCUACCAGCUCCUCCCUCAUCAUGCAGGCAGCCUGGUGUGUCCUCCCAUCUCGUGACAUCCUGGUGCUCACCUCUCAGAAAGGCAUCCAGAUGUAUGAGUCGGAUGGAUCCAUAAUGGUAUACUGGCAUGCACUGGACACGCCUGAAACCCAAACAGCUCAGGCAGUGUUUGCUCGAGGGAUUGCAGCAGUGCGGGAAAAAUACAUCUGUGUGGGCAUCUCAUCUGGCUCUAUGCUGGUGUUUGACGUCCCCAUUAAAGGCAGUAACAUCACCCUCUCGGAGGUGCUGGAGGAGCACAAGGAGUCCAUCACGGAUUUGGCCUCAGAAUGUUCCGGUAGCCUGGAGUGCAUUGCAGACAUGGUGAGUGCUGACGACUCUGGCAAUCUCUGUGUGUGGAAGUCAGGAGAGGACUUCCAGCUGCUCAACAAGAUCCCUGGUUUCGAUAUGAGCUGCUCCUCAGUGAAGCUGUGGAAGGGAACCGUGGUGGCAGGCUAUGGCACAGGGCAGAUCCGUCUCUACGAGGCCGUGACAGGGAUCGUCCAUGCAGAGGUCAACGCCCACGCUCGCUGGAUCUACUCCUUGGACAUCGCCCCCUUCUCUGGCCUGCUUCUUUCUGCUGCUGAGGACUCUCUGGUUAGAGUGUGGCAUCUGACCAUGACCCCAGAGACUAACAGUGUGGAGAUCGUGCACAUGUAUAACGAGUGUGUGACAGACACCCAGAUCUGCGGGGCUAAGUUCUGCGAUGGGGACGGCUACGCCUUCGCUGUGACGGGCUACGACCUGAGUGAGAUCAUCCGCUACACACAGGUCUAACAGCAGUAGCACGCACCACGGGAGAUGUGUGUGAGUGUGUGUGAGGUUGACAUGUGAACGGAGUGUGUCAGCUCAGCAGUAUCUCUGUUGGGGAGUGUGUGACAAAAGAGAAGCCUACAGCAGGAAACAUCUGCCUGAUAGACCAUGCAGCAUCUAAUUCCACCAGAUCAAUGGUCUACAGAGAGACUGAAAGCCUAUGAAGGUUAACUCAGAAGCAAACGAGGGCUGUGACCCCAUCUCCAUCUACUAUGACCUAACUAGAGGACAUGAUACAUUAUGUAUGUCUACAGCGUCUCUCCCAUGGAUAUUAACUUUGGUCCAGAGGUCAGAUAGAAGAAUGUUGUCUCUAUCAAGUAGUUUCCUACAUAUCAAUGUGCGAAAGGAAAAGUGAGGCAUCUUACGAUAUAUGAGGAGAAAGAUGAUUUGUAGUGCGAUGUGACCUUGUAUAUUUUGACUGAUCACAUACUGGCUUAUGCUGACUCGUUUCCUCUGUGUUGAGUAUUGGUGUGCGUGCGUGUUCGCGUGUACGUGUGUGCGAGUAACGGACCAUGAAACUACAGAUGAGUGUGUAUAAAUCUGUUUUACAGAUUUAAAAUGAAGGGAGCAGGCUAUACUGUAACGACGUAGGGUUGCUGACAGCAGCACAAGUCCUCAGGUGUCUCAGUAUAUCAUUGUUGCAAGUAUUUACAACGUGUAUGGUAAUGUAGGUCGUUCAGCAUUCAGUUUGGAAAUGUAACAUUCCUUUGACUUAGUAAGUCUUGAAUAUUAUUAUUGUACAGCAUCACUGUAUAAAUGUACUGUAACUAUGAAUCAACUUUACAAUAAAUAUUUAUUGUAGAUAA